CCCUUGGAAUGAGCAUUACAAAUAUGCUGCCUAAGCUCAGCCAUGUAUUCCUGCCCCCGAGCAGGACUGACGGGGCAAGCUAAGGUUGCCACUUGUGACUGUGUGUAAAACUGGGCCUAGCUCCCGUGUCAGCGAAAGUGAGCCAAAUCCAGCCAGUGAAAGGGGGCUGGACUACACCCGUGCCUAUAAAGGACUGCCAGAGGGCAGGAAAUACUAGAAGUGGGAAGCUGCCAGGAACGAGGGCACCAGAAACCCCUGCGAGGGGUGACCUUGAAGCCUGAGAGCAAAGGAAGUACGAGGUGCCUGAAGCCAACGGUCACUAUUCAAACACACAAUAACAGGACUAAAACACUGUAUAAAGAGAGCCACAGAAUCAGCAAACACUUUAACUGAGCAAAGCAAAACUGCACCAAGAUCUCGCUCCAUGGAAGGAUCGACUGACAAGCUACACAUAGAAAAUGAAUCGAGUUCUCCUGGACCAUCAGCUGCAGACAUGGACAGACUGGGAUCCACUAAAGAAGAAGCUGCAGACAAUGAUUGUCCAGGCUCCUCUUCACCAAUAGCCACAGAACUGAACAAUCCAGAUGCCUCUAAACCACCAACUUCAGAAAUGAGCUGUCCAAACUCAAUUAAGCCUCCAGUGACAGUAAUGGACUCUCCAGACUCCUGUAAAGUAUUAGUUUCAGAGAUGGACCACCGACGUUCAUCCAAAGCAUCAAUAGCAGAUAUGGACUGCCUAAUCUGCUUCAACAGGUAUAACGUUUACAGGAGACCUAAGCUCCUGGCUUGCCAACAUGCCUUCUGUGAAGUCUGCCUCAAGCUCAUCCUUCAGAACGAGGACAAUACCUGGAUGAUCAUCUGCCCUCUGUGCAGAAAACCCACUGUUGUGUUUGGAGGGCUUAUCCGUACCCUUCUUGAUAAAGAAGAUAUCGUAGUUCGUUUGGAAAGCCCUUGUCCAAAUGCUGAGAUACCCCUCUCUCCUGAAGGGCUACCUGGCACUGGUGGUACUCAAUCCAGCCAUGCCACUGUCUGUGAAAACCAGGACAUUCCCAGUAUCAAUCAAACAGCUGUCCAAAGACUUGUGUUGCUCUUGCUGCUCGUGGUGAUCCUGAUCAUCCUCGUACUCCCAUUUGUGUACACUGGACUGAUUAAAUGGGUCCUCUGCCUUGUGCUUAUAUUGGGGUUGAUCAUGUCUUUGGUGCUUUGCUGCAACCCUAACUUCAACGGCAGCUCUUUGAGGAUUUCAGUUCCCUUCUUCCACAAGAAAGAGAGCCACGUUGUAUCCAUUGCCUGAAAAGACUGAUGUGUAUUAUAGAGACAGUGGACUGGCAUUAUUUGCAAGUUGCCAAAUGGGAAACAAUGGCUGGUCAUUACAAUGUAGAUCUUUAGGAACCACUGUUCUUAGAAUAAAUUCAAAACACAUCCUGAAAGUAUCCUGGUAAGGAGUAGCCACAACACACAAUAUUGCUUAGUUUUAUUAUCUGACCUAGUGAAAUAUUUGUAUUUAAUAUUUUUGAUAUGUGACAUACAAUUAGUAAGGAUUUUCCUUGUUUGGGGUUGGUUUUGUUCUGGCGUAUUGCAUUUUGACUUGUACUGCAGAAUGUUUAUUAUAUGAAAUGCUUAUCAGCUGGCUUCCUGGGAAGACCAGUAUAACAUCUGCCAGUGUGUUUGUAGAUACCCUUCUUAGCUUGUGUAUAUUUGUUCUUGGUAGAGAGUCCUGGGAUAAAGUUAAAAACAACCAUAAAGACAAUGCUCUUGGUGGGCACAUUGAGUCUGUUUUUUAAGGGUAUGUAGAAUUUCUCGAUAGUCUUGAUGGAGACUCUCCUGUGUUCUUUACCAAGCAAAUGGUUGCACUUACUUGAGCAAAGAACACUAACCUGACUCUGAAUUUCUCACUAUUCAGUCUUAUGCCUUCCCCACCUCUGCUCUUGCCCUCUUCACAUAAAGUCUAGAGUAUGACAUUGUACUCUGAGAUGUGUGGUUCCUUGUGCAGGGAUCAAAGAGAAGGAACUUAAUCACUAAAACACACCUUGUGGUAUUUCUGUAUGCAGUGUGUCCAUUAAAGUUUAAUAACAUUAAUUGCUCUUUGACUUCUGUGUCUCAUUAGGUUUCACACAUAAAUUAGCUGUCAGAACACUUCAGAGCUCUCUUCCUGG